UUGAACACGCGAUUGAGACAAAGCGCAAACAAAAUUUUAAAAUAAAAAAAUAAUAUUAAUAUUAAAAUAAUUUUAAAAUAAUAGUGGUCGAUGGCAACCUCAAACCUAGCGUUCGGCGCGUCGGUGGCCAUAGUUCUGUUGGUGUGGUUGGGCGCAGGACAUGGCCAGGUGGCCUUCGUGCGGCACCUCUCGGGGCUGCGGAUAAAGGAGCUUCAAGACCUGGCGGUUCGCAUGCAGGACUCCAUCAACCCCGAGAAGUACGCCUGCGAGAGUUACUUCGACUACGUCUGUAGCCGCAAUCGGCCGCUCUUCUCGAUCAUGGGCCACAUGCCCCAGAUGAGCGAGCUCAUCCAGUUGCUGACCGAGCUGCAGAAUGACCCUGCGCAAUUCGAGGCAAAGCAGAAGCUGAUGGACUUCUUCAUCUCCUGCAACUCGCACCACGCUCUGGAAGAUUGCUACCGCGAAACCUUUGAGUACUUCAAGCCACUGUUCGGCUACAUAGUCACCAAGAACCUAAUCGAUGGAGUUUCCCACGAGCUGGACGACUUUCUAGGCGUCCUGGAGCGCUUCGUGGCCAGGAUGCACAAAGACCGAGAGUCGAAUCCAGUCCUCGACAAACUGGCCACGUACAAGCAGAAGUUCAAGACGCCGCGCGUCUACUUCCACGCCGGAGACCUGGACCGCGAGUACCGGGAGCUGCGCAUCUACCGGGAGAGCUACGAGCACAACAUUCGCAACCUGGAGCUGCACCGGAAGCAGAACUCGACCUACGAGCUGGGGGUCCAGCGCACCAUGCUGGAUUGGAGCAUGUACCUCUUCCAGAGCCGCAACAAGCCCAUGUCCUACUACUACGCCACGUUCACCGUGCACUUGUACAUGAUGCACUUCAAUGUCAAGGAGCGACAGCGCGACUUCACGCGGUUCCGGGAAGAAGUGGAGUGUCUGCGGCUGCCGCAGUUCGUCAAUGUGCUGGACGAGGCCAGGAUGCUGGCCGUGAUCUACCUUAAGAGCUUCCGAGCCGCCUGGAUAGACUACAGCGCCUGGAUCAGCACACCGCCACACAACAAGGGAAUAUACGACCAGGAGAACGGCGUCCUCCAGAAAUUCCACCUCGACAACAAGCGCAUCUUCUUCACACUCUACGCUCAGAACUUUUGUGAGUUUGGCAAGGAUCUGGCCGAACACGUCUUCUAUCUGGGCCUCAAGCAAAAUAAAGAUUUCUUCGACAUAUACUCGUGCGGCUUCCAAACGGAGAACAGUAUGAGUUGUGUUUGAGCGAUCGCGGUCCUUUGCAUUCAGAAUUAAAUAAUAAUAUAUAGAUAUCAUA